AUGGCCAACGAAGCUUUCCCCCUCGAUGUUAUUCAAGAAGAAGAACCGGAGGAAGAUUUGGAAGAAUGGCAAAGGACAAACGACCCCGCUCAGCUAAAACAGCACCGUACGCAGGCCAAGAGAAUCCACACGAUGGCACUCAAUCAAGCUCUCCUUGCCGUCCGAAUGCAGGAAGAUGCUGGAAGAAUCGAGAUUGAGCGAACAAGCCUGGUUCGUGCAUACGACAUCGUUGAAAGAAUUCACCGUCGCUACGUGGAAGUCUGCAAGUUCGACGGCGAAGAUCUAGACAGAGAAACCAGCUGGGGAAUUGAUAUUUCCAUCAAACACUCGAGGGCAUUAACCGACAUGGCCAACUACAUCGACUCCCUUCAGGCACGCGCAAGAUCAGUUGCAGGUUCCAGCCGUAGUAGUGUUUCCAACCGUUCAUCAACCUCAUCGACACGACGUAAACUUCAGGAGGCCGAGCGGUUAGAAAAGGAAACGCAACUAAGGAUUCAACAGGAAAAAGCCGAAGCCUUACAACAAGCCGAAGAGGAAGAACGUAGAAAGCAGUUCGAACUUGGCAAGAUGCAGCUCGAAAUCGCCAGAAAGGCAGAGGAAAAGCGGGUUGAAGCAGCACGUAAGGAACGACAACUGAAAAUGGAGUUAGAGAAGCAACGUUACACUAGCUCCUUGUUACGUAAACAACUCGCAGACGAAUUAGCGGAAACCGAAGAGACGGAUGAAAUCGAAACGUCCGGGUUUGAUAAAACAGAUGUCUGGAAAACUUCUAACGUCCCAUUUCAUGCACCCGCUACGCCUGUUCCAGAAUUCUGCAUGCCGUACAGACCAGCAACGACAACGCAACCAUGCUCUCAACACUGGCCGGCUGCGUCCCAACAGCCGUUUACGUUUGACUAG